AUGUCGCGCUUUCCGCCGCCCCGCGUAGUGGGGAACUCCUCCUCGUCGGCUGCGUCACGCCUUCCGCCGCCCCGCGCAGUGGGCGAUCCGUCGUCGUCGGCGUUUUCACGCCUUCCGCCGGCCCGCGCAGUGGGCGAUCCGUCGUCGUCGGCGUUUUCACACCUUCCGCCGCCCCGCGCAGUGGGCGAUCCGUCGUCGUCGGCGUUUUCACGCCUUCCGCCGCCCCGCGCAGUGGGCGAUCCGUCGUCGUCGGCGUUUUCACGCCUUCCGCCGGCCCGCGCAGUGGGCGAUCCGUCGUCGUCAGCGUUUUCACGCCUUUCGCCGCCCCGCGCAGUGGGCGAUCCGUCGUCGUCGGCGUUUUCACGCCUUCCGCCGCCCCGCACAGUGGGCGAUCCGUCGUCGUCGGCGUUUUCACGCCUUCCGCCGCCCCGCGCAGUGGGCGAUCCGUCGUCGUCGGCGUUUUCACGCCUUCCGCCGCCCCGCGCAGUGGGCGAUCCGUCGUCGUCGGCGUUUUCGCGCCUUCCGCCGCCCCGCGCAGUGGGCAAUCCGUCGUCGUCGGCGUUGUCACGCCUUCCACCCGUCCCGCGUUGGCCUUCUGCCAGGUUCCACGGGUUGCUGAUCGUCGGCCGCCUCCACGGCUCUGACCUGACGCGCAGGUCCUCCCCGCUUUCUUCCCUUCGCACGUCCGUCGGCGUCACCGGAUCCGCGCGGAUGGGCGCCGCCAUGCUCUCUGCAGCCCUCUUUGCCCUCUUCCACCUCUCCCUCUCCUCCUUUUCCCCAACAUUGCCCUUGGGAUUUCCAGUGGCCUGCUUGCUGGCGCGAAUGGGCUAUGGUUGUGUUGGAGAUAGGAAUGGUGUUUCGACGAGAGCUGGAGAGGAGAGGAGCCAGCUGGGUACUACUGAGUCUGACAAAGUGGAGGCGAUAGAUAGGAUUGAAUGCGGAGCGGAAGAAAGAAAGAGUGAAGGUACGGGUGACAGGCAAGAGCAGCAAUGCCAAGGGGAGGAUUGUGGCUAUGGACUGUUACUUGGGGGUUUCCUAGGGAGUGACAAGCCAGGAGGGAGAGAUGUCAAAGAGUAG